AUGUCUAUCAUGCUCGAGCCGCCCGAGUUGGCCUUCAAGCUCUGCCAGAUCCUACAUCUCAAUAAUGAAAAUCAGGAGCCUGUUGUUUUCAAGGUUAAAACGACCGCCCCGAAACACUACUGUGUCCGCCCCAACUCGGGACGGAUAGAACCCGGAAAGAGCGUUGAUGUCCAAGUGUUGCUACAGGCCAUGAAAGACGAGCCUGCCCCAGAUGCCAAAUGCAAGGACAAGUUCCUCGUCCAAACUGUCGCGGUAACUCGUGAUAUGGAGUUUGCAAACGUCACUUCUAUCUUUGAAAAGGCUUCCAAGGCUUCAAUCCAGGAGCGCAAGAUCCGCGUGAACUGGUUAUCUGCCGAGGACUCCCCAGCCGCCGAGCAGGGAGAUACAAACGGUGUUAAUGUGCCGGAUGAUGAACCCCCUGCCUAUACUUCUCCCGCUGCAAACUUUCAGACCCCUGCUGUAGGAGCUGCCAGCAAAGUCGCCAACGACACGUCACCAAUCCCACCGCCAGAUUUCAGCGAUAAGCGGGACAUCGCUACCCCACAGACGAAUGAAUCCAAGAUCUCCUCUGCUAAGGCAGCCAUUGCAAGCGCUAUUCCAACCUCGGGUGAAGACCUAAGUGCACAGCUUGCCGAGGCUAAGGCGCAGAUUCAGAAUCUGAAAGACAGGCUGGCAGACCAGGGCUUGAGGCAAAGGAAGAUCGGCGGCGAGACCGAAAAAUCAGCUGCGCCGGCGUUGCAACAACAGCACGCUCAAUCCGUCGAGGCCGGAGUACCGGUGCAAAUGGUGGCUGGUUUGUGCCUGCUAAGUUUCUUGAUUGCGUACUUUUUCUUCUAG